AUGAAUAGAUUCUGUAAGUCAUUAAAACGUGAUACCAUAAAAUAUUUCAAAAAUUUUAAUUGGACUACUUUUUUCAAAGACCUUAAACAAUAUAUAAUAUCACAGUGGUUCUUCAUUGCAUUAGCUAUUUUCAUUGUAAUAGCUAGAUUUGCCCCAAAUUUUGCUAGACAUGGUGGAUUAAUUAGAGGAGAAUAUACCAUAGGAUAUGGAGCAGUUGCCGUGAUUUUUUUAAAGUCAGGACUAACUAUCGAGACUAAACGGUUUCUAAUUAAUAUUGCUAAUUGGAGAGCACAUGUAACAGUAUUGGUAAUAAGCUUUCUAAUCACUAGCGCUAUAAUGUACGGGUUUGUGUUGGCCAUAUACACUUCUAAAACCAAAGUCAUUGAUGAAUGGGUUUUAGUUGGAUUAUUGAUGACAGCUAAUUGUCCGACAACUGUCGCUUCUAAUGUGAUAAUGACAGGAAAAGCCAAUGGUAAUGAUACAUUAGCCGUUUGUGAAGUUAUUAUUGGUAAUAUCUUGGGUGCCUUUAUUACCCCAGCUUUGGGUCAAAUGUACUGCAGGGGGAAGUUACAAUUUGCCAACCCUGCCAAUGGAAGUAGCGUUACUGCUCUAUAUAGACGUGUUAUGCAACAAAUCGGUAGCUGUUUGUUUGCCCCCAUUUUUGUUGGACAAGUAAUACAGUAUUUUUUCCCACAACAAAUCAAAUGGUUUUUCAAUAAGUUUUACCCUUUGAAAAAAAUAGGUAAUGUGAUGUUGCUAUUAAUCAUGUUCAGCUCGUAUUCAACUGCAUUUUACCAGCAUGCGUUUACAAGUGUUUCGCACACAUGUAUUAUUUUUGUUUGUUUUUUCAACAUUGGCAUGUAUUUUUUAUACACCUUGAUUUGCCUUAUGUGUGCUAGGCCAUAUCCCAUCAUUUUUUCAUUUCCAAACAAGUCCAAUAAUGUGUUUAAUAGAUUGUUGAGACCUUUUUACUUAAAUAAAAGAGAUUCUGUUGCUGUUAUGCUUUGUGGUGCUGCUAAAUCUGCUGCACUAGGUGUUGCGUUAAUUACUUCGCAAUAUGGAAGCAAUUCAGAAAAUUUGGGGAAAUUGCUAGUUCCAUUGGUUUUAUUCCAAAGUGAGCAGGUAUUAGUUGCAAAUUUUUUGGUUCCGAUUUUUAGAAGAUGGAUUGAUAUUGAUAAUACCAAAACUUCAUCAUCGUUAGAUAAGAGUAGCAAUAAUACUGGCACUGAGAAAUCGUGUUCUAAUCCAUUAUUCUCGGGACUGGGAAAUGGGAACAGGAAAAAAAUAAAUAAUUCGGUCAGUGAAAAUUCACUCAGCUAUAAAAAUGUGGAAACCGAUGCCGGUAAUCUUGAUAUUGAAAGAGGUGUAAACAGAAACAUGACUACCCAAGAUACCUCUAUUGGUUUUAGGGAUGAGGAUGUUAAUGGUGGUAACAGUGGCAAUGAUGAUGAUGAAGAAGAAGAAGAAGAAGAAGAAGAAGAAUUUAUCGAUGAAGAAACGCAUGAACUACGAUUUUAUGAAGAAGGACAGCCAUAA